AUUUUGAUUAUGCGGCUUAUGAAGAAUUCUUUUCCACCUAUCUGGUGAUACUCACUAGAAGAGCAAUAAAAUGGUCUAAACUUCUAAAGGGAAGCGGUAGUGUCCAGAAAAGCAUGAGAGUGAAGCGCUAUAUCCGGAAAGGUGUUCCAUUCGAGCACAGGGCCCGCGUCUGGAUGGGGGUGAGUGGAGCCCAGGCCCAGAUGGAGAGGAACCCUGGCUAUUACCACCAGCUUCUCCAGGGAGAGAGGAACAACAGCCUGGAGGAGGCCAUCAGGACAGAUAUGAACAGGACCUUCCCGGACAACGUGAAAUUCCGCAGGAGCGCCGAUCCGUGUUUACAGAAGACCCUGUACAACGUGCUCUUGGCCUACGGGCACCACAACCAAGGUGUGGGGUACUGCCAGGGAAUGAAUUUUAUCGCGGGAUAUCUGAUUCUUAUCACGAAGAACGAAGAAGAAUCCUUUUGGCUAUUAGAUGCUCUUGUUGGAAGAAUACUACCUGAUUACUACAGCCCUGAGAUGCUGGGCCUGAAGACGGACCAGGAGGUCCUGGGGGAGCUGGUGAGGACCAAGCUGCCAGCGGUGGCGGCCCUGAUGGACGGGCAUGGCGUCCUGUGGACUCUGGUCGUGUCACGCUGGUUCAUCUGCCUGUUUGUGGACAUCCUGCCAGUGGAGACGGUGCUUCGAAUCUGGGAUUGUUUGUUCAACGAAGGCUCAAAGAUUAUCUUCCGGGUGGCUCUGACCUUAAUUAAGCAACAUCAGGCUUUUAUUUUGGAAGCCACCAGUUUUGCAGACAUCUGUGAAAAGUUCAAGGAGAUCACCAAAGGGAGUUUUGUGACUGAAUGUCACACCUUUAUGCAGAAAAUCUUCUCCGAGCCUGGAAGCUUGCCCAUGACCACCAUCACCAGGCUUCGGGAGAGCUGCAGGGCCAAGCUGCUGGUGCAGGGGUGACCUGGACACACUCCCCUCUGCCCUGACCAUGAUGCUUCAUUCCCAGAGUUGACCAAUUUGUACUGCUUUCCUUUUUAGUGCUGUAAAUACUUGAUGUCUCCACACUUUAGUCGUGAAUUUUUUAAAAGAGCAAUUUAAAGUCAUGUCAUUCUGUAACUGAUGAGCUAUGAAGUCAAAUUUCUGAAGAUAUAUUUUUAC